GCUCUUUGCAUCGCCCCGACGUCUGUUGCUUUGUAACAAAACUCAAAAGUACUCGAGUCUUGCUAGAAUGAUGUCGUCGCCAAUAACCUAUUCUUGGCGCCGUUUGGCAAACGCCGACGCUUCUAGUGUAGACACCCCUGUUGGGCGUUCGUCUCACUCGCUGAACAUUAUUGGCGACCGCGCAUAUAUUUUCAGUGGAGAACGGGAGCCCCGUAAGCCGAUUGAUGCCCGUUUGCAUAUCUUUGAUCUUGUAUCGCAGCAAUGGGCAGGUGUCAUUGAACCUUUAGCAGCCACUGCUCCCACACCUCGCGUGGGACAUGCUACAGCAACGCUGGGAGACUGCAUAUACUUGUUCGGUGGUCGUGGAGGACCGGAGAUGUCGCCCAUGGAGGCAGAUAUGUUUGCUUUUGACGCAACCUCCGGCACCUGGACCAAAUUGCAAGUUAAUGGAGAUGUACCUGCACCUCGUAGCUAUCACAGCAUGACGGCAAGUGAGCACCACGUAUACCUUUUUGGAGGCUGUCUGGAAAAGGGACGCGCAAACGACUUGUACCGCUUCAGCCCUGAAAACUCCACCUGGGAGCGUCUUCCGUCGAAUCCUGACCUCCCAGUACGUGGUGGUCCUGGAUUGGCAUACCUUAAGGACCAAGUAAUCGUUUAUGGAGGCUUCAACGGUACGGAGCUCAAUGACAUCUGGGCUUUCAAUAUCAAGACUAGCACCUGGGAGCGUAUCAAUCCAAGCGAGUCUUCGGAUGCCCCUUGUCCGAGAAGUGUUGCCGGUUUUGUUGCCUUACCGGCGAUUGGAAAGGUGGUCACCUUCAUGGGCGAAAAGGAUCCUUCGCCCACCGGACAUGCUGGUGCUGGAAGAUAUGCCAAGGACGUAUGGAUUCUUGACAUCCACUCGAAUGCCACUGCCACUUGGAUACACAUUCCUCCGGCCGACCCUUCACAGCUCGAUGCGCCCACGCCUCGCGGUUGGAUGACUGACGCUGUUUGGCGUGGAGAAUCGAUCAUUAUGCAUGGAGGGUACGAUGGGGAAAAGCGAGAUGACGGCAUUUUCCAGUUGCGUUUCGAAGGCAAAUAAAUAUUGCCAUAGAGGUUCAAUUCCUUUCGUUUCUUAGUCUGGUGGAUUGAACCUCCAUUCUUACCAAAAAAAGCAACGUAAAUUCAGAAAUAUAUGUAUAUAGAUUUUCGUACAAGAAAAUCCAACAUUCUGGCUCAAAAUUUGCUUAUGAAUAGUAAAGUUUCGGUCCCAAA